AAUUGUGUUGCCCAUCAACACCAAUUUUAGAACCCAACAACAAAGCAAUUCAUACCUCUUACAACAAUUAACCUCACGCUUCGUACCCAACUUAGGUAGCUAACACAAACGGCCACAAAGAACCUCUCGACUCCGCCCAAGCUUAAACCCAUUAUAUAGUAUAGCGCAAAAUGUCUCAAACAACAACAACACCCCGCAAGUACCAAAGUCGGGGCCAACAUCAACAGCAACAUCAACAGCAACAGCAAUACCAUCACCCCCAGACUAUUCCAUCCUUCUCGCGCUCGCCGCAUUCGCACCCACACCCACACCCACACCCACACCCACAUUCCCAGCAACAGCACCCUCAAUUACCGCAUGUUCACGCGCGAAACAGGUCCCAGCAACUCCGCGCCCAGGCAGCAGAGUUACAAUUCGGCGGCGCCACAACCACGGUUGCUUCCGACUACGAAUCAGAUACCGCGUCUUACAUGGCUUCGCACCCCCCACCUCCCGCCGCCGCCGCCGCCCUCGCCGCGCGCACCAACACCGAGCUCAACCUGAGCGUCCUCCGUCGGUACAGGCCCAGCAUCACCAGCAUCCUGUCCAUCGCCGCCCAUGCUGUAGUCUACGUCUUCACGCCCCCGAGCAAGUGGGACAGGUCCACCGUGGAAGGCACAUUAUUCAUCUGCGCGCAGGACGAGGACGGAGAGGCAGCCGCCGCAGACGGGUGUCUGUUCAUAUUGAACCGCAAGGGCCUGCAGAAUCUGAUUUUAGACCUGAGCACCGUCAGCGACUUCGAGCUAGCUACCGACUUGCUCAGUUUCAAGCUUGACCAGGAGGGUCCCCAGAUCCCGAUGGAGAACGGGGAGUCCGUGCGGCCCAAGGUCAUCGGGAUGUGGAUCUACGCCGAGGACGAGCAGGACCGACGCACCAACUCCGCUCUCAUCCACGAGAUGUGGUCCAAGGCCCGUUCUGCCCAAGACGAGGCGGAAGAAGCUUCGGCUAGUCCCCCCACGAGUGGAUCACCAGGUGACGACGUGGAGGACGUGUCCGUAGCACAGGGGCCCGGUCGCCAGGUCAGUUUGAACGAGCUGUUUGGUAGGAACCAGAACGGUAUCGGAGGACCUUGAAAAGACGAGAGGGAAUUAUUCUUGAAUGAGUGAAUCGAAACUAGGGUUCUAGUCUAUUUUGCAACGGCAUUGGGACGGGCAGUUACAAAAAAAACAGUCGCAUUUGGCGUUCAAGGGAUACCCGGGAUAGGCGUUGACCUGCGGAUAGAAAAAUGCAUUUCAUCUUGAAUUAUUAAACGAGGGUAUUGUGAUCGUAGGACUCCCAUGAGCUAUUUUGAUAUUUACGUGAUUAUCCCA